AUGGCAGCAGACAUGGGCCUCACAAACAACCCAGAAUCCGGCAAGCCCGUCUACCAACCGGUGGCCCCUCUACUCAACCGCAUCGUGUACGGGACCAAGAUCUCGACACUGCAGCAAUGGUACUUCCAGAAGGCCGGCUUCGAGGCGUGGAAGUCGUACUUCUGGCCGCCCGCCCAGCGACCCGAUAUCAUCAAGCAGUAUGACUGUAGAAAGGCAUUGCCUGUACGCAUCUUCUUCCCGUCCAACUACGACCAGACGUCCCCCCAGACACUGCCGACGCUCGUGACGAUCCACGGCGGCGGCUUCUGCAUCGGCGUCCCUGACGACGACGACGCCUGGAACCGCACCUUCGCCGACCUCAACGGCGCCCUCGUCGUCGCGCUGCACUACUGGAAGGCGCCCUGGGCCCCGUGGCCGCGCGCCCUGCACGAUCUCGAGGCCCUGUACCUCGCCGUCGUCGACGACGCCUCGCUGCCCAUCGACAAGGGCCGCAUCGCGCUCGCCGGCUUCAGCGCGGGCGGCAACCUGACGCUGUGCCUGUCGCAGAUGCGGUCCGUCCGGGACCACGCGACGGCGGCGCCCGGGGCCAUCGUGCCCAUCUACCCGCCCACCGACUUCGUCACGCCGACGGCGGAGAAGCACGACCGCCGGCCGUACAAGGUCGGCGCGGGCCUGCCGGGGAUCCGCGGCGAGAAGCGCGACUUCGUGCUCGAAUUCGCCGACGUGUUCGACUGGAGCUACAUCCCCUACGGCACGAACCUGCGGGACACGCUCAUCUCGCCGCUGUACGCGGGCCGCGCCGACUUCCCGGGAAACGUGUGCAUCGUCGCGGCCGAGCUGGACUACCUGGCGUACGAGGCGUGGGAGCUGGCGUGCAAGCUGGGCGGCAAGGGGCGGCCCCCCGCGGCCAGGGUCGGCCGGGACGAGGCGGCGCCGGGGGCGCCGCGGCAGGAGCUCGAGCUGCGCGACGAGCGGUUCGCGUGGGAGGUGGAGGACGCGAGGGGCAGCGUCAAGUGGCUGCUGGUGCCGGACGUGAUCCACGCGUUCGACCUGCACGAGAUGGGGGCCGCCGUGUCGGACCCGGCGACGGUGAGGGACGGGAACGCCAAGGCGGUCAAGGUGAUGGGGGUCAUCGGGGACUGGCUGCGGCGGACGGCGUGGAAGUGA